AUGCACACCACGAACAUUCUGAAAGUCGUUCUUGCCCUGGGCCAACUGGUGUCGGCUCAAGACGCAGAGUGCCCAGACCUUCCUGAAACUGGCAUAGAGAUUGGCGAGCCAGUGCCUAUUAACCCAGGCGACAUCCCCCCCGGCUGUUCUGACUUCGAGGUUCUCGUUGCUCGUGGCACCAGCGAGCCGAACUUCGCCGAUGGUGGGAAAUUCGGCGUCAUUGUCGGAGACCCCGUAGUCAGCAACUUGACAGAAAUUCUACCUGGUUCCCGCGGCUACCCAGUCCAGUACCCUGCAAGCUCAAGCAUCAUCAUUGGCGGCAUUCGAGGCCGUAGAGAUGUCGUCAAUCGCAUUGUUAGCCAGGCCGAGGCCUGCCCCGAUCAGACAUUCGCUCUCGUCGGAUACUCCCAAGGAGCGACCAUUAUGCACAGAGCUGCGCGGGACAUCCCGGAGGCGCUCUACGACCGUAUCGUUGCGCUUGCCAUGUUCGGAGACCCGUACUUGAGAUACUCGUUCGGGGACGAUUUCCCUGCGCCACUGCGGGAGAAGCUGUUGCAAAAUUGCGCCGAGGGCGAUGCUACUUGUGACCAGGGGAGCUGUGUCUUCUGGCACCUGACGUACAUUAGACCAGUUUGGAUUGACCGCACCGUCGAGUUCCUCGCGGCGGCAUUCCAGGGAAAUCCCCUUCCACCGUCGACCACGAUUGGCCUUCCGGGCGCUCCUCAGGCUACUGACCUGUCCUGA